AUGGCCUCGCCUGAACCCCCUUCCAUCCUUUCGAGCUCGUUAAUCAGCUCGCCAAUGCCAAUUCGUCCUUCUUCAGAGCACUCGCAAUCUCACUCCCCUGUGCGCCCACGUCGCAGCAACGGCGAUCUCGCCGACCGCGACACUUCUGCUUCCCGCCCCCGUCUGUCGCCCACCCUCACUCGUUCUUACAAUCCCAAUGAUCCGGAUAUGCGGGAGCGACAGCGUACUAUGGAUGCAGACAUGGCCAUGCAGCUCUCCCGCGCACGUAGCAACACUGUCGUCUCUACCAUCUCGCCUAAUGUCUCCCCCAUCGCACCUGUACCUCGACCUCUCUCCACCGUAUCUGAUACCCCCGUGCAAUUCCCCGCACUAAGCCUUCAAGAGGAACAGGCGAUGACUGAGGCAAGGGGACGCCCUCACGCAGUGUCGGACCCGGACAAUGUAAACGCAGAGCACUAUCACCCAGGCCCCGCUCCCGACGUGCAUCUCAAUCAUCUUAGUGCAGCCCACGACCCAUCGCUCCUCGUUUCCCUCGACACAAAUGAUCCAGAGGGUGGUCUACCUAUGUAUCAGGCAAGUGUUGGGCCUACUUCUGCGAGUCCUCCGGAGCGACAGGAGCACGACUUUUCGCCUAUGGAAGCAUUCGCGCGAGAAGAGAAGGCGAGAUUGGGACUGCAGACACCCGGCUCUCUACUUGGGGUGGUAGGAGGCACUUCGUUUGGACGGCCACCUGCAGCACAGCCCCAGAGCCCGGGUGAGCCAGAUGCAAGCCCCAGUGCGAGCACGCUGUUCACAAUUCCUCGUGCACGUCAUCGAAAGCUUUCGCAAAGCGAGCGAGCUCCGCGGCGAGGCAAGCUUGCAUUGUUCGAGCAACCUGGCGCGGCACCUCCUACUUCAGGAACAACACUCAGCGCCGUACCGUCGUACGAGAAUCUCAAUGAUAUCAUAAAUGGUACUCCAGCGGGUGCCGGAGUGGGUAUGGGUGGACAUGGACUCAGUGGAGGCCCGGGGUCUGGACAUGAUAGACCAUAUCGAUUUUCUUUCUACUCCAAUGCCUUGUCGGCAACGAUCCAUGCACGCAGCUUGAGCGAGCUUCCCGCAGAAGGUCAGAGCUUUGAGGACCUGUUCCUUGGGCGUACACCAGCGACUAAUGUCAACCCUACUCGGCCGGGUAUGAACGUUCGGAUGGGAACGAACGGCAGUUCGAUUACAAGCCCAGUUCUAGGUAUUAGAUCUGGAGUGACGUCACCGGCCUUCAAUCCUGUAGCAUUUGGAGCACUGUCGGGGAAGCAGUCGAACGGUGGGGGAAGAGGUAUCGGCGACGGCAGCGGAGAAAGCUGCACUUGGUGGCUCGACGUUCUAUCUCCAACGGAUGAAGAGAUGAAACUGUUGAGCAAGGUAUUCUCUAUCCAUCCAUUGACGACAGAAGAUAUCCAAAUGGAAGAGACACGAGAAAAGAUCGAGCUCUUUCGAAACUAUUAUCUUGUAUGUUUCCGCGGGUUUGACCAGGACCCAUACAGCCCAACCUAUCUAGAGCCCUUGAACAUGUACAUCAUUGUCUUCCGUGAGGGAAUUCUUUCGUUCCAUUUCCGCCCGACUCCCCAUCCCCAGAACGUUCGACGGCGGAUUAAGCAGCUAAAGGACUAUAUCAGCGUAACAUCUGAUUGGAUCUCGUAUGCUCUCAUUGACGAUAUCACGGACGCGUUUGGCCCGCUCAUCCAGAGCAUCGAGUAUGAGGUUGACAGCAUCGAUGAACUCGUGCUUAUUCUGAAAGAGGCUGAGCAGAGUGACAUGCUGAGGAGGAUUGGGACGUGUCGCAAGAAGGUCAUGGGUCUGUUAAGACUGAUGGGCAACAAGGCCGACGUCGUGAAGGGUCUGGCAAAACGAUGCAAUGAGAACUGGCGUGUAGCCCCCACCUCAGAUAUUGGCUUGUAUCUCUCCGAUAUUCAAGACCACUUGAUUACUAUGACGCAGAAUCUUAACCAUUAUGAGAAGAUUCUUUCGCGCUCUCACUCAAACUACUUGGCGCAGAUCUCCAUUGAAAUGACCGAGGCUAAUAAUCAGAUAAAUGACGUGCUCUCAAAACUCACUGCGCUGGGCACAGUUCUUAUUCCCAUGAACCUCGUCACUGGUCUCUGGGGGAUGAACGUGCAUGUUCCAGGGCAAGAUGUAGUAGAAGGAUAUGCGUGGUUCUCCGCUAUUAUAGGAGCGCUGGCAGCAUUUGCGGUACUGGCAGGCUGGUCGACGUAUAAACUCAUGGUUCGACGAUGA